ACGUGUUCAAAUCGCAAAUCGAGCUAGAAUAUUGCGUCGUUUUCAUAGCACCGUUUCAUAUGCAAGUGUUCCGAGUGUAAGGUAGUACCGGAGGCGUGAUUUUACCAUUGAGUGUUAAAAAAUAACGGCAAAAUUGUGAACGCCAAAUAAUACUUUAACAGCUACGAAAACGAUUUAAAAAACCCCCAAAGUGACCCAUCCCACAAACACGGUGAAGUGAAAGUGUUUGUCGAAGAGGGUGUGUGAUCUCCCCUUCCUUUUGCUAAUUUGUUUACCAACAAAACGAUAGAGAAGGCGCUGUGUGGGGUGUUUCGUCAAUGCUGAAUGAAUAUUGUACCACAUAGUGGUGGACACAUUGCGCCAAAUGAAAUCACUGCCGUGAGCAAACAACACGCAUCGAAGGCACGGGUUUUUGUCGAACAAACGUGAAACAAAUGAUCCGAUGAACUGCUAGACGGUUAAUAGACAGAAAAGUAUCCUGGUGAAGCCUUAUCGGAACAUGCGGUAAAGAAGCCAUUCGAUGUGGCACCAUCGUUAAGCCGGAAAGCGGAAACGAGAAAACAUUUUCUCCCAGUUGAGGGACAAAGCGCGACAUAAAUAAAAACCAACCAAGAUAUUCCGCCGCGGAUUUCACGGGUGGUCAAAUCGGUGGAAGGAGACCGACAGCUGCACAAGGACACGGCUAGUUUGGACGGAAAGCAAUAACGCUUCACAUUUCUCCAAGGACUUUUGUUUCUCUUGCUGAUUUUCACUGAAAUCUAAGCAGGCUAAGCAGCUUAGUGACGGCGGGUUGAAAACAACAGACAGUAUUUUCGUAGCCGUAACUCUUCGCUUGUGACCAACACACGGUGCAAAGCAACACGAUGGACAUCUACUACAUGAGCGACAGCAUCCAGUACUCUUCGUUCCGGGGCCCGGUCUACCGGGACUACGAGAAGUUCCCGUACGGGACGCUCGAGAAUCCGCUCAACAAUCCCGUCUCGAAGAGCAAACAGCAGCAACGACAGCAGCAACGCAGUCAUCACUCGAGCUCCAGCAGCACCGCCAGCGCUCAAGCUAAACUGCUCAGCUACAUUGGCAAGGCGUCGUCCGGCAGUAAGGCGUCCACCAAGGACUCCUGCCCGUUCUGCAAGGAGCAAAAGAAGCGCCCGCUCGGCGCGUACAUGCGUAAGCGCGGCCAGCGCAUCACGUCCGAGAGCAUCAGCGAAGACGCCGAAGAGUGCACCGAAGAGCUGCGCGAGGAGGACGAGGAGGGCGAGGAGGCGUGCGAGGCGCCACGAUCGAACCUUUCCGGAAGUCCGCCCACCAACGAUCACCAACACGUGCACCGUGGCAUGGUUGGCUUCAACCGGCAGGAAUCGAUCGAAAGCAAAUAGGGCGAGCGUAUUUCUCCCUUCCCCGGGGAACGAGGGAAAAGCGGAGAAUAACGAGUUUAUCUUAUAAUCUGAAUGAUUAGUAACAUAAGGCAGGUUAAGUGAAAGUUGGAGUAGUUGUAAUUUGUCACACAUAGAACACUUUUCUUCAUUUCUGAAUGCGAGAUUAUUAUGGCUCAGAUCGGAGUGGAAAAGGUGGGCGAGUGGGACCCACUCUAUCAUGGUUUUGUUUCAACGCGAUGAGAGCGUAAGCGGAAAGAAUCGUACCACCACAUUCAACAAAGAGUAAUCAAUCAUCUGAAGAAAACAAAAAUCUAUCAAUGAUUUCGAUCUGACUUUCCGUAAGCCGUAAUUUUCACGGCCGCAAAGGCAAAGAGAAUGUGAGGGAAAUGCGUAGCGCAGUACCAUCAUCGUGGUCACUGUUGGUGCAUAAAGACUGAUAUAUAUUUUAUAUGCUACACAGAAUCUGUACUUUUCAAGUGGCAUUGCAAUGUGUUUUAUUGCAAUAAAUCAGUAUAUGAAAAAGUAUAUAAAAAAGCCACACAGGAAGCAGAUUUGAAAAAAAUCAUGUUUAUGAAAAAAAUAACAAUCAAAUUCUGAACGAAAACAAAAACGAAAACGUACCUAACAUUUAAUGAGAACUUUUGUAGAAAAAUGAACUUAGAAAAACACAAUAUAGAAAACGAGAUGCAGCAUGCAGCGUAAAUUAAACGUUUUAGAUAUGCAUUUUAGCAUGUCGAAAGUAAAUAGCAUUUUGUGGAAGGUACGAGAUACGGUACGUAAGCAAGGGCGUACACAACAAUGCAACCGACUGUACCAAGUGGAUGAUAGGCGCCAAAUUUCCAAUCGUUAGAGCUUGAAACAAUAUAUUUUUGAACCGUUGUGAGUUUAGUAACAUAUAAUGAUAAGUUUUAUUAUUGUUGUACGGGGUAGCGUUUGGUAGUGCUUAGUAUAUGUAAUAUACAACUAUGGCUAGAGAAAGGUCGUAACUAAAUUGGCAGCAUUGUAAUCCAAUCAUUAUACAACCAGAGUUUACACUACUAUAAUUGCUUAAUGAUAUGUCUUAAGGGCUGCAACUGUACCGCUUUUACCUGAACGUUUUCGGAGUGUACUAAAUAAACAUUUGA